GCGCUCGUCCCGCGUCCGCGACCGCGGCCCGGCGGGCGGCAGUCGAGAGGCCGCACGCGGCGAGUGAUGUCGUGUCGGCAGUGCAGCUGUAGCGCGUGGCGCGGGCGACCGCGAGACUCGUGACGCCGGCGGCGGCAUGUGAUGUUCCGGAGACGCGCGUUGCGGCGGCGGCUGGCGGCGGGCGGCGCGCCGUCCGUGCCUGACGAUCAGCUGCGGAGGCUGGCGCGCGCGCUGGACGCGGGGCCCGCCGGCGCGCCCUGCGUGCCCGGGCCCUCGGGCCCCGCGUUGCGCCUCGCCGUCACCCGAGCCUUCCGCUUCCCAGACCUGCGAGACCUCACCGAGCUUCGCCGCCUGCCGCACUGUACGGACCACCAGUGCUGCAACCCCUACCACUUCAGCCGCCUCUGCGAACCCGAAACCCCUCCGCCUCCAUACAGUCGGAUCGCAAUGGACGACGUUAAACCUAAAGAACAUGGCGAGAUUACAGAAGACGCGAGGAGGACGGACCAUGAGCGGCUAGCGACGGGUUCCCUCGCCACCGAUGGCGAAGAGCGUCAAAGCUGGGAAUCGGAGUGGUGUAGAUUAGCGUACUGGGAGCUCACUCAGAGGGUAGGCCGGCAAUUCAGUGUGCGCGUGCGCGCUGUCGAUGUGUUCGGCGGCACGUGUGCCGGCAGACACGGGCUCUGUCUUGACGCGCUCGACAGCAAGGAACCGCAAGUUGAACAGGUGCGGAAAACUCGAGCGAAGAUAGGCUUAGGCGUGACCCUGUCUCUGGAAACGGACGGGGUCUGGCUCUACAACCGAAGCCAAGAGCCCGUGUUCGUCAGUUCACCGGCGUUGGACGCAGCAGCGGCGAAAGCCUUGCUAGUGUGGAGGGUCGCUCCAGGACAUUGCUUAUGCAUAUUCGACCCUUCAACCCCCCCGCCGCCCAUUUCGUUACCACACGUGGGCCCAGUCGACCCCAGGUCCGUGAGGAUAUCCUUCGCGAAAGGCUGGGGGCCAAAAUACUCGAGGCGGGACGUUACGGCCUGUCCGUGCUGGUUGGAAGUAUUGCUUGCACCUCCGAGCUGACGCUAAGACUUAACUAUUGGGUAUAUUAAAUCAGUGAAGUGCUUAAUGUGGAUAUGGACCAAAGUGUAAUGAACGUUAUAAGGAUUCUUAUGGAUCUUAGGAUUAACUUUAAGUUUAUUUACUCAGUUAGUGACGAGAAAAUUCUUGUUAAUUUUGGUGUCACUAAAUGAAAAAUCAACGGAAGUG